AUGUUGGACGAAUGUCAACCACUAGUGUUCAUAAGAGAUCAAGAAAUUUGGCAGCAUGUUUGUACAUACUUGAAGAAAAAGCUUCUAAUGCAAAAAUCUGUUAAGUUUUCAAACAUUGGUACCUUUGGAUUUACACACCGAGAAUUGAUGCUAACGAAUGGGGUCUAUGUUAAUGUUCAGAAACCAGUAUUUGUACUUUCAGAGAAAAUUUGUCAAUCACAUGAAAUCAUACAGAGAAGACACAUCAUUGAAGGAUCGAUUCCACUAGUCCUAUUGAAUUAUAGUGAGUUGAGCGCAGAAAUAUCAAUACCUAGAGAACAAAUUGAAGAAUGUAUACAAAACGUUUAUACCACGUUAAAUCAAUAUCUAUAUCAUGAUAAAUUUGUGGAAAUUGUAUUUAACGACAUUGGGAAAUUACGUAUAAACAAGCGAAAGGCGAAAUUUUGCUUCUUUAAUAAUUUUUUAAGUGAGCUUGAUAGUAGUGGGAAAUUAGCACAAACAUACUGCAAUCGACCAGAAUCUUCAGACUGUAUAACAACUGACAGAUCUGGACUGAGUAACAGAAGCUACAAGUCCAUAAAAUCUUUGCAACAGUUAGCUACCAUUGAUGAAAACGAAGCACCUCCCUCUUGUAUGCCUAUUAUCAAUGAAAACAGACAGCUGUCAAGAAGACAAGGUAGUCAGAUGAGUUCUGACAGUAAAUCUUCCAAGAGAGAUGUUCAUGAACAGCUUCAGGAUGACAAUGAUUCCUUGGCAUCUUGUAUUCAUACCAGUCGAAUUUACAAAAAUAAUCAAGCUGCUCAAAUCCAGGAUGUUGUGGAAUCUGCUCCUCAAUGUAAUUCUGAUACAGAAGAGUCAAUUUCAGAGAAGAGAUUGAAUCUCAAAUCUCAGAUGUCAGAUCCACAUCCAGAUGUAACCUGUGACCAUGAGACUUUUUCAAACAAUUUCAUUAGACCAGAACUACCUAAACUCGGCGGCCUAUCUGACACUGAGCACUGUACAAAAGAAAGUUCCAAGUCUGUUAGUCACUGUUCUACACCAAAGAUUUCUUCUAAAAGGUCAAGCUAUUCAAGAUCUUCACUGUCUAGCGUGCGCUCCAUGAAAAGUAAUAAUAUUGAAGAAUUAGAAAGAAGAAUACCGAAAAUCGAUGAAAAUUGCAAUCAUGCAUUGAACACAAACAGUAGUGGACUUUGUUAUUUAUGUCAUCAAAGACGUAUACGAAAUAUCCCUGUAGAUAUGAAAGAUGAAAUAAGACAGAGAGAACAAGCUGAAGAAGAGCUCUUACGUAUGUACCAAGCAAUGAGAGCAGAUAAUGAAGUUAAAAAGGAACAGGAAAAUUUACUCAACAGACGUAGUGAAUUGUGCAAACAAGCUGCUUAUAAUAUGGGUGUUGCCUGUGCCAAACAGUUGAAAAAGUCAUAUGUUGAUCCAACAAACUAUGAAACAUUUAUUCUAAACAAAAGACCUCCAACACCACUACGUCAGAUUAAACAGAAUGAAUUAAAAACUGAACUUGAUCAUCAAGUUGAAAAACACUUGUCUGAUGCAAAUCGUUUGAAGGAAAAGGAGCUUUAUUUAGACAAAUUGGAACAAAGUAAACUAACAGAAGAAUUAGAGAAUCAUAAGAAACAAAUGUUUCAGAGUAAAUUAUUGAAUCAAUCAGCAUAUAAGGAAGCUUUAGAUUUUCAGCUUGGUUACAGAUAAACUGCAACGGAAACAAGAACAAAAGGCUAUGCGUCAAUACUUAGAAAACGAAUGGUUGAAGGCUGCUCAACUGAAACACGAUAAGGAAUUACAUGAGAAACUGAGAGAUCAAAGUUAUCAAGGCCUUUUGUUGUUAGAGCAGACAGACAAAUACAAAAGAUGCAAUCAGUGUAGGCGUCGGUUGGAUAAUAUUGGCCAGUCGAAUAUGACAACAGACACGUAUAUUUGGGGAAAACAUUUUAUUGUUUAGCGCAGUUAUCUAUCUAUAUAAUAAAUAGUAGAGGAACACUACAGCUAACUUGCACCAUUUUCAAUGCAUUCAAAUUAUAGGCAAUGUGAUGACUUGAUAUUCUUUUUUUGAAAAACAGAAGUACUCACUUUGAGAUAUCUGAAUCUUUCAUAUACUUACGAGUGUUAUUUUUUUCACUA